AUGGGCUCUAGUGACAGCUUACAACCGCAGGCCAUCGGCCUUAUCUUUGCCUUUCCGUGCUUCGCGAGUGCGGCUGUGGCGUUGCGGCUUUAUAGCCGCUCGUUGACGAAGUCGUUUGCCGCAGAUGAUUGGGUUAUUUGUGUCGCGAUAAUCAUGUAUUGGAUGGAGACAUUUACGUCCUAUAAAGUGAUUAUUUACAUGUAUAUCGGAUAUAACGUCUGGGAUAUACCUACUGACUAUCCUGUCAUUCUCGGUAACAAAUAUAGUUACGUGACCGAGAUCCUCUACAAUCCCGUUUUGGCACUCGUCAAGACCUCCAUAUUACUCUUCCUGCUACGUUUGACUGGCCAGAAAAACUCAGUGCGCCUGGCCAUCUGGGGACUCUUAAUUUUCAAUGGUAUCGCCGCUGUCAUCACAUUUUUCAUCACUGUUUUGCGAUGCGCGCCAAUCGCCGCUAAUUGGGAUUUGAUUUCAUUUCCCAAUGCGAGAUGUCUUGACUUUGCAGACUUUGUCACCACCACCGCCUCAGUCUCCAUUCUCACUGACGUCCUUGCCUUAAUACUGCCUACCUGGAUUGUAUAUCGCCUGCAGCUGCAAUGGAAUCAGAAGCUGAUGCUGAUUGGUAUUCUGUCCUUGGGUCUUUUAACUGUGGUGGCUGGCAUUGUUCGCCUAAUUCUCCUUGACAAUUUCGACCGCCAUAUACCGGAGAAUCCCACGCACUCGGUUCUCUUUUGUGUGUCCACUAUCGAAGUUGGCCUAUCGUUCGUCGCUGCGUGCGCUCCAUCGUUCAAGCCGCUCAUUACCAGGCUCGUUCCGAAGGUCUUCGGCUCAUCCAGCACCGGUCCGUAUAACGGUUCUACCAACUACAGCGGUCGGACACGGUUGGACUACAAUCUCCAGCAAACGUCGAACUUCGCAAAUCGCACGCAAGAUCAGACAGUCACUACCAUUGAAGCUGGCGAUGUUGAGCUCGGUUACAGUCCCUCGGAAUUGAAAGCCAAUAAUACGAUCAUCCUGACCACGCAAGUUACUUGGGCUCGGUCUAAUUGCGAGGAGCAAUAUACUAGCGGCACAGAGAGUUGUGUCUACGGAAAAGAAAGUACAUAG